AGAGAGAUGUAAAAAAAGUUUUCUUCAACAUGAAGUGAUUGGAGUGUGUACGACACAUCAAUAUUAUAUCAAUCUGAAUGGUGUUUGAUCAAUUUCUAAUUUGAUAAAAGCGACAACGUAUUUAAAACAGACGUUCGAAGAAACAUGAAAUACUGACUAAAUAGAAUUUUUGAUAUUAAACCAACAGUGACUUUAAAAACGAUGGAUAUACGGGUCGUAAUCAUAUCUUUGAUAUUAGCCCUUACUAUUGUUGGGUUACUUUUCGUAGCAUGUCGAGAGCUGUUGACAAUCAAACGAUCAAACCGACCAGAGGGAAGAUUCAAACUGUUGAUCGCCUCAUCAAUACUGGCUAGUCUCGUCAGUGAUCUUAUCAUUCAAACAAACCUGCUACUCUCUCAAGCAUCAGGUGGAUGGCCGCUUGGUUUCGCCUCGUGCGAGUUUUGGGGCUACCUGUCGACUGUUGCUAUGGCGUGCUCUAGUUGGCUGAUCACCAUCAUAGUUAUUGAACGAUACUUUACGCACAUGUUGCCGUCAGAAUCAGAGUCGACAUUUUCCGGUAGGAAUACCCGCAUAACGGUGACCGGUGUUUGUCUUCUUGUGAUGAUGACCGUCAGCGGACCAUUCUACGGAUUUGGAGAGUACACAUUCCUCAGAGGGUACUUGAAUGUUAUUGUUUCCACCAACAUAUCGCUGCCCCUGCACUUGAGCCACCCAGACCACUCCCGCGUGAGGCUUGAGAAUCUCCACCAGCUGUUCAGUCACUUGCAACGCUCAUCCUACUCAUCUUCUGACACAAACCUCCUAACCAUUAUCGCACAGCACCUGCACAACACUUAUGACGUCAUUGUCAGCAAGGCGUCUUGGUUACCGCACGGCAUCAGCUUCUUUAUUAGGUCCAAGAACAGCGAUACAUUUCAACAUUUUGUCGACCACUACAGAGACAGACUCCUCCUCAAGAAUGUAACAAGUAUCAGUUUCAUUCACGACAUAGCGAGGUCUUUGAAUAUAAGUGAUACUGCGGUUACAGCAAAUAUAACAAACGAAAGCUAUGGCCAAUACCGACAGACUUAUUUGCCUAUACAAGAUUUGGGGAUAUGUGCUGCCGAUAUGAGUUCUCCAAACCAAUACUCUAGUGUAUGGAAUGGGUUUAUAACCAUUUUCAUACUGAUUUUGCCAUACAGUCUCGCGCUGACUGGUCUGUGUAUAAUCUAUUGCCGGGGAUUUGGACAUCUGUCGUCUUCGCAUAAACAUUUUUCAGAUCAAAACAUCGUUUACACAAAUAUAGCAUGCACCAUUGCCAUGGUAUUUUGUGCUCUAUAUCUGUUCCAUUUUGCGGUUGUACUGUCAACUGGUGAAGGGGUUAAUAGCGGUGCUCGCCUUGUGUUUUGGUCAACAUACUUUGUAGCUUUAAAGUCACUUGUAUACGUGGUGAUUCUUCGAAUUAGUGCAAAUACGUCAUGCACGUGUUCUUGUGACCGGAAGUGUUGUGGUUGUUUCAUCAUAAAAAGAAGGUCGAUGGCUUAUGAACUAUCUGAAAUUGAGAUUCGACGAUCGCUUACUCGCGAAAAUCUCGACUGUGACUCUUAAUUCUGAAUGUACUGAACUAAUGAAAAAAACACUAAACAAUCAGCAUAUGAUGCGUCAUGAGCUGUUUACUGUUGUUUAUAAUUACCGGCUUUUAGGGAAUAUAAAUUUAAACUUAAUUGAAUUGUGAAUUAUUGAAUAAAUGACUUGAUUUGAUUCAAUAGUUAAUAUUGCAGGCUGUUUCAUCUAAAUAUAGGGUGUUAAAAUCGUAUAAUAUAAGUAUAUGAGCUUUAUCAAUUAGACCUUUAUUUGUUUGUUUUUUAUUGAAACGUAUA